AUGGCUUCCUCCUCCUCCUCCAAAUGGAAUUGCCUCAAAUUCCCGUUCGCCAUUCUCUUAAUCGGCCUUCUUUUCCUCAUCACAAACUACAUCUUCUUCACCGUCAACUACGACACUCGACACCUCCAAGACGAGUGGUUCGAAAAACCCGACGAAAAAACGGGCCCCGAGUGGUACGAGGCCAUUGCGCGAGAGUUCAAAGACGAAUCUUUCAAUGUGGGCCUGGUGAAUGUGGGCCCGCCUGUCCGCAGCCCAAAGGCGAAUCUGCUGAGAGUGGAUUUCGACCGAGUGGACGAAAGUGUGAGGUGGGCCCACUUAGCCCCCGAGAGGAUAGACGAGAACUCGACUUGCCCCGGGAUGCCAAUGCCAAGGUUCGAGGAUUAUCGGGAUCUCGACGUGGUGGUGGCCGGAGUCGAGCAUUGUAACGAUGUUGUUUUCAGGCUGCAGGUGAACUUGGUGGUGGCUAAUUUGCUCGUUAGGAGCGGAAGGAAAGAGAAGAAGCGGCCGGUUUACGCGGUGUUUGUGGGGAAGUGCGAGCCGAUGUGGGAGAUUUUCAGGUGCGACGAUUUGUUGUCGAACAAGGGAGACUCGCGGGUUUACAAACCGGAGUUGGCGAGGAUUGAGGAGUUGGUCGACAUGCCGGUCGGGCCGUGCCAAUUCGUGCCUCCAUUUUCACAUUUUGGUGAUCAAGACUUGUGGAAGAACACUAACCACAUAACAAAACAAAUCAACAACCACAACAAAAAACACGACGUAAACCGCCGUUCGAAAGAGGCUUACGUCACGGUCCUCCACACGUCAGAAGACUACGUUUGCGGAGCAAUAGUCCUAGCCCAAAGCAUCAUCCAAUCGAACUCCACAAAAGACCUAAUCCUCCUAGCCGACGACAAAAUCUCACCUCAAUCAAUCAACGCCCUCCGAGCCGCGGGUUGGCAAACGAAGCUCAUCCAACGCAUACGAAGCCCUUACUCCAAACAAAACACAUACAACGAGUGGAACUAUAGCAAGCUCCGAAUAUGGCAACUCACGCAAUACGAGAAGAUCAUAUUCAUCGAUUCGGACCUCAUAGUCAACACGAACCUCGACAAGUUCUUCACCUACCCGCAGCUCACGGCUGCGGGCAACUACCAAAAGCACUUCUUCAACUCGGGGCUCAUGAUAGUCGAGCCAUCCGAGUGCGCUUUCGAGACCCUCGUGAAGAAGAUGACCGUGGUCGAGUCGUACAACGGUGGGGAUCAAGGGUUUUUGAACGAGAUGUUCGCGUGGUGGCACAGACUUCCGGCUCAGACGAACUACCUUAAAGUGUUUGUGGAUGAUAAGGAUCGGUUGCAUUAUGUGGACAGGAAGUACGUUUUCGCGGUGCAUUACACGGGUUUGAAGCCGUGGAAGUGUGAGGAUGAGGAGAGCGAUUGCAAUUGGGAUGUGCUGGAGUUUCAUCGGUAUGCGAGCAACUCGGCUCACAAGAUAUGGUGGAAGGUUUAUAAGAGUAUGCCAGAGGAUUUGAGAGCUUAUUGCAUGCCAUAUAGAGGCAAGAAUGGUGCUCUUUCUCCUAGGGGUCUAUAG